AUAUACACUGCUCCUGACGUUCUUUCGUCUCGCUUCGGCCGACUUGAUAGGGAACCGCAACGAAAAUUCUCAAAAUCGUCUGCGCAAAAGAAUAUUUUUGUCGCUGGGAGUUAAUAUUUGCCCGCGUGCCCAGAGCAGUCGGUGAUCAGCUCGCGAGCACAAAUCUCGCGUGGCACUGUUCCUAGUGGUGGAAGAAGAAGAAGAAAAAGCAUAUUACCGUACACAGUUCACGAGCGGUCAUUCGCAUACACGCAUAUCCGUGCCGUUGCCCCAAGUCGCCCGCGAAAUUCGAGUGUUUUCCUUUUUACACCACUUAUUUGUCAGCGCCCUUGGUUAUUGCUGCCAAGGAAGCCAUGCCCGAAAGAAUGCCCAACUAUGCCAAUCGCAAAGUCCUGGUAAGUAAGGCCCUGGAACACUGGCGCCGCAUCCUGAGCUUUGGCCUUCCUGCUGUUCUCACACCGGUGAUCAUGUUGUUGCCCGUACCUACGUCGUUCUGCUGCAUGUACGCUACGGCCAUGCUGGACGUAUUGUUCUUGCUAAAUGCGCUACCGUCCACCAUGAUCGCGCUGAUGCCGGCUUUCCUCAUACCAGUCUUCGGGCCGAUGUCUACGGGCGACGUCGCAGCAGUCUACUUCGCGAAAAACCAGCUGUUCUUUCUGGGGUGCCUGUCCAUCGCUGCUGCUUUCUACGAGUCCACCUUGUCCCGUCGGUGUGCUCUACUAGUCUUAACGAAGAUUGGCUCCGAUGGAAGGAGGGUAAUGUCGUUCGUCGUGCUGUGCACUGUGCUAUCUGGCUACUUUUUCAACACCUACCUCACUUCGUUGCUGAUGCUGCCUGUUGUUGACAGCCUUUCGGACGAAAUAUGCCAAGUCCUUCUAGAUCCUUCACUUAAGGAUGUACACGUCACAACGCAAGACGACCACGAAGGCGCUUCCCCUCCAGAGAUUCUGGAGUUCAUGGCCAGGUCAGGUACGAUGACUAACGUCGCAGCCCCAACUCCGUCGCCAACAGGACAGCGCGAGCAGGACGAUGUGUCCUCUCAGUUCGUGACCGCCGAGAACGUGCUCUUGGUUAGCGACCAGAGCCCUAUGUUCCUGCAGCCCAACAAGGGUUACACGCUUGUCGCGGACGAGAAAUCUCACAUACUCAAGUACCGCAUUAAGCUUCGCAAGAUCCUGCUCACGGGUUUGUUAUAUGGAGCUACGAUUGGGCAGACAGCAACGUCCCAGACACCAGUCUAUGAAGAACUCAUGGAGUACAUGGAAGUGAAAUAUCCCUUAUAUCACGAACUGGGAAAGUUCACGUACGCAUUCUACUCUCUGCCUACGGUCAUAGCCUGCACGCUGUUCCUCUGGUGCAACCUCUUCAGGAGGAUAACUGCUGAGAGAUCCAGGGUACGAAUGGAAGAAAAGAAGCUUCCGCAAAAUAUAUUUCAUAACAGAUAUCAAGUGGGUGGACCAUGGACAUUCGGUGAAGCUGCUACACUAGUGAUUUCAUUCCUGGUGCUCCUAUGCGCUGCCAUGCCUAAAGAGCUAGUCGCAUGGUUCUUUGGGAACAGGGAUGUGUCCUCAUUGACACUCGUGAUGAGCCUGGCAAUACUGCUGCAUGCUCUACCAGCCUACCCGUGCGGCGGUACCAGCGACGACACGGCAGCCAUCCUUCCAUGGGAAGUAGCCAAGGACCGCAUACCCUGGAGCUGCGUGCUACUCGUCGGCUGCGGAGCUAUCAAUGCAACCUAUUUUGUGCAGAGGUCCGGUAUGGAUGACUUGAUGAAACAAAUGAUGCAGCAAGUGUCUGGCUGGCCGUCCUGGGCUAUUUUGGUGAUCACCUGCCUCCUAGUCUGCUUCAUGGCUGAGUGCACGAACAACACGAAGGGCAUCGGCUUUCUGCUCCAUACGCUUGAUAGACAAGCUGAAGAGCAGAAGGUGAACCCGCUGAAGCUGAUGCUUCCCGCGAGUAGACUGUCAAUUGCGACCUUCAUGAUCGCCAUGUCCAACAAUUCCAACGCCCUACUGAAGGACUAUGGGGGUCUCUCGACAUUGGAGAUGGUUAGCCUAGGUGGCCAACUACACCUGCUUUUCGUGGGCCUAGAGCUGGUGACCGUCUUGACUGUAGGCACUGCAAUGUUCAAGUUGAACGUUUACCCCUACUGGGCAUCUUCGCAUAACACCACCGCGAUCCCAACGUACUACACAAACUGGACGUAUGCGUGGCCCAGUGGCACACCAGGCGACUUGGCGAACUGGACAACCGUCUGAAGAGCCAUCCGUUCUCUGCCGAACUAUACCAGAACUCUCCUUUAUACGUUACACCCGCAAAUACCUUCCUGGAUAUAUUCUCGAUUGCUUACGCAGUAAAUUCAUAGUGACGUCA